GAAGAGGUGGCAAGUAAUGUUAUAGGGAAUAAAUAAAACCCCAAAAAGCAAGCAAGAGACAUAAUAGGUUUUGGGUUUUGUUGUGUGUGGUAGUGGCAGUAAUCGUAAUCCAACGGAGGAGGAGCAGCCCGGCGAGAGCGCAAAAUCUUCAGUUGUUUUUUAGACUAAGAAGAGACCGAACGACAACGGAAGGAUGGGCAGCGAAACCAAUGGUUGUAAUGGCAAUGGAUCCCAGAUACCUCCUGGGAUGAAGAAGAUGGUGAACACUUUGAAAGAAAUUGUUAACAAUAACUGUUCCGAUUCUGAGAUUUAUUCUGUCCUUCGUGAAUGUGAUAUGAACCCUAACGACGCCGUUCAGAGACUCCUUUCCCAAGAUAUUUUCCAUGAAGUGAAGAGCAAACGGGAAAGAAGAAAAGAGAUGAAAGAGAUGCAAGAAUCAAAGGCUCGAGGUAGUAAUAAUGGUUAUCGUAGAGUUAAAGCUGGUGCUGAAAAUAAAGUUGGACAUGUUUCAUCUCAAGUCAGCUACUAUGAUCUUGAUAAAGCUGCAUACAUGAGAGAGAAUCUAUCUGUUGCUUCUUCAAUAAUUUCUUCAUCACCUUUGACUUCUCGUGUGAGAACUAUGAAUGAGCAGCCUUCAUUUCAUUGCGAUUCUUCCAAUGAUGAUAACGGAAGGCAAAAUGUUGGAACUGGCGGUGCCAUCUCUUCAUUUGAACAAAGGUUCAGAGAUUCUCAGGCCCCUUCGUUUACGGGUUCUUCUGUGCAUGUCUCUAUGGCUGACAUUGUCAAGAUGGGUCGACCACGUGCCUGGGAUUCAUACAUGGCAGAUGAGACAUCUAAUACACUUCAAGAUACCAAUGCACGAGAUUCUUUGCAUUGUUUUCUUAAAGUUUUCCAUGAUUCUUCAUCAUCUCCAUCUCUAGGAGUUCACCAAGAUCUGCAAUGUCCACAUCCAGCAAGUGUGCCAAAAACUCUUCAUCAAUCUGACAACAUUACCAAUCAGCACAAUUUUGAUGGUGAAUGGCCUGCCAUUGAGCAGCAGGCAGAUGUGAGUAGGUCAUCUAUCUUAAGUAGUUCAACUACGUCCAGCAUUGGGAUGCUCCCUAAUCAGUGUCACUUGUUUGAUGAUGGUAUCAAUUUGCCUAAAAACUCCCAACCAGAGGUCCAAGUAUCAGAGAGGAAUGUUGCUUGCAAAAUUCUUGGUUCGAAUUGUUUUGAAUUUGAUAGUCCAUCUAAUGGAUGGGGAAAAUUAACUAGUGCUAGAGGUGCAUCUCACAGUAAUGAUGGUUCCUUGAAGGAUAUGAUUUCCUAUGAUUCUCAUGGGUGCAUGAAUGAACUUCAUGAAGGAAGAGAAAUUUGCUCUCAUGACUAUUUUGCAAAUGGCUCUGCACCAUUGAAUGACAUAGCAUCAUCAACCGCCGUGAGCUUGCAGCAGCUGAGUCUGGGGAAAGAGGCAAAAUUUGUUCGUACAUCAGAAGAUGACUGUGCACUAGUAUUCCCAAAUGAUAUACACACCUUAGGUGCUGACUGCUCACAUUUGAGUUUUGGUACGUAUAAAUCUGGUGUGCAUGCUGCAAGUUCUGUGCCAUUGGCAUCUAAGCCAUCAAAAAGCAACAUGGAGCCAUCUGCAGUGAUUGAUAGAAAUUUAGGGUACGUUGGCGAGUCCCAAUGCAGUGAGCAGGUUGGAUAUGUAUCUGAAAUCCAUCAAUUAAAUGCAGAUGGUAAUAAUCAUAACUUGUCUGUAUCAUCGCAGCCAGAGUUAAUGACACAAGAUAUUGAUGAAGUUAAUAGUGGUUAUGAUUAUAUGUCUUCCAAAUCUGUAUCCGACUCCUGUUUCAAGAAUAUCCAAAAGACUAAUUCUCCCUCACCUGUUGUGAGAAGCCCUUGUGCCAAUAAUGUUCAUCCUCUUCACAGGGAACUGCAAGUAAGUUCAACACCUGUUCCAGUUGAUUCAUUGACAUCAGUUGUCCAAUUUGUGGGAGGUUCUGAUUGUGCACAUUCAUAUUUCCCUGGAACACAGUCGUUGACCUCAAAAUAUAAUGAUAUUGUAUCUUCUGCUGGCAUUCCAACCAUUCCCAUGGCAGAGAUUAUGUGUUCUGGUGCCUUUUCUUUACCCAAGUCACACUCAUCAACUCUGCCUGGUGUGGGCCUUGGUGCAGGUCAUGUGCUUCCCCAGCAUCUAAUUGCACACCCUCAGUCUACCCUUUCCUGGGAAGAAUUGAUAUAUUUAUCUGGCUCCUGCUGCUCUGCUGUUCCUCAAACAUAUCCCUGUACUCCAACUGCUUUCCAGCAAGCAUAUCAAGACAGCAGUGCAAAUAUUUCUGUUCUCCAUGAUCACCUGGCAGGCAUGAAGUACAAUCUUCAACACUUAAAAUGUGUUUCACCUAGGACUAGGAGUAGCUUGCCUCUGUUUAGUGCAAAUAUUUCUGGUUAUGGAGGUUUGGAGAAUCCUAGCAACUUGUCUGGGAGGUUUCUGGAUGAUUUAUCGGCUGCACCUAAUGUAGGUUUGGUGAAUCCUUCUAAUUUACCCACUACUAAUGGUUCUGCUGUUGGCUAUAAUGCUUUUCUACAUGCUCAGUACAAGGAGGGAAAUAAUUUCGCUAUGCUUCAACAGGUAAAGGAUUAUGGACAUGGUUCAAGAACAUUAUCUGCUUUUCCAGACAAUGGAUAUUACAACUUAGAUGGACAAGACCAGCUGCUUUCUACAUAUCAACAGCUCUCGCAGAAUUAUGUUCGUCUAGGUUCCGCAAAUGCUAAUCAUUCUCAACAAAGAAUCUCACGAGAUGAACAGCAAAGCCUUGGUGAUUUGGCUUUUAGAAGUUCUCAAGUUCCAUCCAAGCAAUUACACCCAGUCUGGCAGCAUAUCUACUAAUAGUUGUAGGUCAUGAGCUAAUCUAUUUAUUCAACUUUGGCUGCACAGCUACUGAGAGUUUUCAUUUUUUUUUCCCCUUUUCAGUAGCGAGUUUGAAAGAGCCAAAUUAGGUCGGUUUACAGUGUAAUCACAAAUGAUGAUUUUUGAGUGUUUGGCUGCGUCAACUGUACAUACCUGAAAAAGAUGAAACUGGCUGUGUCCCUUGCAUCAA